UCCAGGUCAAGCUGUAUUUGUAAUCCAGGGAAGUCAGAUGACUUCAAAAACAAUUUUUAUUUAUAAUUGUAAUCCAUCCUGUAGAAAAGGGCAAUCCAAAAAGAGUCUUUUCUUUUUCAGCCACAAUCUUCAGGAUUAUAAAUUCCAAGGACACCAAACUGUUUAAACUAUAAGCUGUGUCUGGGCAUACAGCCAAGUUUUAAAACUCCAAUCAAAACAACUCAGUAAGAUAAAGAAAAGAGAGAGAGAGAAAGCAAGGUUAAAUGUAGUUCUCAGUUUUGCCACUAGAUGUCAUGAGAUGUCUGUUCCCACCAUACUUUAAACAAGUUUAAAAAGUUAAAACCAAAGUUAACAAGGAAUAAAAAAAUAUUUAUAAGUCCAAAAGUUUCCCAAAUUAUCCUUCUUUUAUGGCUCAGUUUUCUUCACAAUAUUGUUAACAGUCAUUUUUAAUUUCCCCAAAGCUUAAACCGCCGCUUAUAGUUCAGGAGGGAGGGGUAAAGAAAAAAGCCUCCUCUCCAUGGAGCUUGGGGAUUUCUUGCUUUUGAAUGCUUUUCCCAGAACUGGUAUUUUCACUUGCAGAGAGAUAAGGAAAGUAGUCUCACCCGGAUCAGCUGUUUUGCUUUCCGCUUUUAGAAUUCGUUGUCUCUGACGGUCAGCUGCUUCUGGCUGACCACAUGGGUGCAGUCAGCUUUUCUUCUUGCUGGUCCCGAGGGCUCCUUUGGAUCAAGUGAGUCAGGUGCUGCUGGCCCACGAUCUGCAAAGUUUCACCCUUUGGCUAGUAACCUCUACGGGGUGACUUUCAGUCCUAUUGGACUCCCCAGCUGGUAGAAAUUUGGCUUGGGGAACGGAACUUCAUUCUCCAGUGCUUAUCUUACAGCGAGGUCAUCGGAAACUUUGUAUAUUUACAACGAACUUAACAGAAAUAUCAUUGCAGCAAAAAAUUAUAUCAUUAGAAAAGCAGAAGCAGGAGCUUUUGUCAGUGAACUAUCAAUGGGAUCAACUAUUCAGGCAGAUGAAGCAGCGUUGUGAGAAAAAGAUCACAGAAAUGAAAGCAAAACUGGAAACUGUGCAUAAGAUUGUUAAGAAUCUUGAACGAGAAAGAUAUCAAACACAGGAAGAGUGCAAAAGACUGGGAGAUCUGAUGAGAAGCCGAUUAGCUCAGGAAAUGAAAGACAAGAACACAUUGAGGAAAGAGAACAGUUUUUUGAAACAGGAAACUACCCUUACAAGCAGAAAGAAGAUGUUUUAUGAAUGUGAAAUAAAUCGACUCAACAAGGUUAAAUCCCUUUUGGCUAUUUUGAAACAUCAAAAUACAUCCUCACAGAGAUCUCAUGUUGAGGCAUUGGAUAGAAAUUGCAACCAAGAAGUGAUGGGAAUGCAAAUCGAACUUCUCUGGGAACAGAUUCAGAUUUAUGAAGAAGACUUAAAAAAGGAAAGAUACCACAGAGAGAGAUUCGGUGAAGAGAAGAAACUUUUGCAAAAACUUAAUGAACAAUCAAAGUUCCAGCUGAACAAAUUAAAAUUUCAGAUUAAACACUUUCAGACAGAAAAUGAACUUCUUCAGAAACAAGUAAAACAACAGGCCCAAGAUUUCCAAGCACUUACAGAAAAAUAUUUCUGCCUGCAGCAGUUGUUUAUUCCUUCUUGUCUGAAUUGUGGGAAUUGUGGCCUACUUCAGCCAUUGUCUGAACCUCGAAUAACAUUGUGCUCAUGUGCUAACAGAAAACAGCAGCAGCCCCUGUAAGCUGAGUCUCUGUCAGCAAAAAGGCUCAGAGACCAAACAUGUUACAACCAGAUUCUGCAAGUGUUUAGUGAGAAUUUUGUAAUGUCAAAAAAUAUGCAACUCUACCAGCAUGCCAGAUCCCCAAAGAAAUGCAUUUUAAUCCUAUGCCUAUUUUCUACUUCUGUAGCCUUUCUUUGUGAUUCUGUUGGGAAGGGGGAGCUUUUGGGAUUGCUUUGCACUGUCUGCUAUGAUGCCCUUUCCCCAGGGGAUGGAAUGUCUCUCCCUUAUCUGAGAGACGGUUUGCACCUGGAGCCUGAAGAAAUCAAAAGUGAGAAAGACCUUGAGGAGCCCACCGAAAAGACCAGUUACCAAAACACAAUGCCAUCUGUGGAUUGGCUGGGAUUCAAACGAACACUGGGACACUGGGGGGAGGAGUAUUGAAUUUUGCUUUUAAUAUACUGCUUCGCAGGUUUUUCUCUCAGACCUUGCCUUGAUUCCCUGCUGUCACUAGCCCUUAAUAAAAGUUCCUUUUGAGACAAUGCCUGUUUCAAGAAUUCUGCUUUCUUGGGUGGCUUACACAGCAGUUUAAUUUUAUUUCGCAUUUAUUUCUUAGCUAUCAUUUCAUUAUACCCUCUUCCAUCACUUACCUAAUCACUUUGCUUUCUUCUGGGAAUUUGAUAAGUUUAUUAUGUAACAGGUAAUGGACUCAUUUCUACCAUCUGCAUUUCCUGUACAUCAGUUCUAGAAGGCAAAAGAAAAAACAUUUUAUUCUUAUUUUUUUCUCUUGUACAGCUAUACUUCUGUAUUAUUAUCAUUUUAAAAAGUAAGUUCA